AUGCUGAGCCGGCUAGGGGCGCUGCUGCAGGAGGCCGUGGGCGCGCGGGAGCCCAGCAUUGACUUGCUAGAAUCCUUUGUGGAGCACUGGAAAGGUAUCACUCACUACUACAUUGAAACCACAGAUGAAAACACUCCAGCCAAGAAAACAGACAUUCCCUGGAGGCUGAAACAGAUGCUAGAUAUCCUGGUCUAUGAAGAAAAGCAACAGGCAGCAGCUGGAGAGGCGGGGCCCUGCCUUGAAUACCUGCUACAGCACAAGAUCCUGGAAACCCUGUGCACCCUGGGGAAGGCUGAGUAUCCCCCAGGUAUGCGCCAGCAGGUGUUCCUGUUCUUCAGCAGAAUCCUAGCCCAAGUACAACACCCUCUUCUACAUUACCUCAACGUCCACCGGCCUGUGCAGAAACUCCUUCAGCUUGGUGGGACUGCUGCUGGAUCUCCCACAGAAAAGGAGGAGGUACACUUCACCACUGUUCUGUGCACCAAGAUCCAGCAGGAUCCAGCCCUGCUCGCCUACAUUCUUGAGGGCAAAAAAGUUGUGGGAAAGAAAGAGACAUCUAGCCACCAGGACAAGAGCUCUCCCCUUGAAGAGCCCUCCAGCAGGGUCCCCAGAGUUGAUGGGGAGUCCUGGGGGGCCCAGGCCACUGGUGCCUAUUCGCCAGGAGGAACUGAAGAACCUGACAAUGGGCUUGGGGAGAACAAUCUACUCACCUCCUUGAUCGGGUUGUGCAAAAGCAAGAAGAGUCGAGUGGCCCUGAAGGCCCAGGAGAACCUGCUGCUCCUGGUAGGUGUUGCCCCCCAGGCAGCAGCCACCUACUUGGUACAAAGGAGCCCUCUGUGCUCUGCAAUGGCAGAACACCUUUGCCAGCUAUAUCGGGCCAUGCCCAGCUUCUUUGACCCUGCUGACAUCGCCACCCUAGAGGGCAUCAGCUGGAGGUUGCCCAGUGCACCUUCAGAUGAGGCCUCCUUCCCGGGCAGAGAGGCUUUAGCUGCAUUCUUGGGCUGGUUUGAUUAUUGUGACCACCUCAUCAGGGAGGCACAUGAGGUUGUUGCAGGUGCCCUAGCAAAGGCUGUGACUGAGAAGCUGUUUGUGGCAGCCCUGCAGCCCCAACUCUUGCAUGUAGCAGAGCAGAGAAUCCUGACCUCCACAGCCCUUCUGACAGCCUUGCUGCGCCAGCUGUGCUCCCCAGCCUUGCUGCAGGAAGCUGUGGGUUUCUUCGUGGGCACAGACCAGCAGCCUGAAGCUCCUGAGGACAGCCCCCGUUCUCUGUGCUCUCGCCUCAUUGGACACUGUGACCACCUCUCUGAUGAGAUUAGCAUAGCCACCCUGCGGCUGUUUGAAGAGCUGCUACAGAAACCAAAUGAGCACAUCAUCCACAUGCUGCUCCUUCGGAACCUGGAGGGCCGCAUGUACUUGGCCCGGGGCUUGCCUGAGCCAGAAAACUAUGAGGACACUCUAGACCUGGAAGAAGACCCUUACUUCACAGAUGGGUUCCCAAACUCUGGCUUUCAGCCUGCCUCCAGACUUCCAGCUCCCACUCCCCACCUGGAUGGCAAGACGGCAGUGACGGAGAUUGUCAACAGUUUCCUCUGCCUGGUCCCAGAAGAAGCCAAGACUGCAGCCUUUCUAGAAGAGACUGGCUAUGACACCUAUGUCCAUGAUGCUUAUGGGUUGUUCCAGGAAUGCUGUUCCCGAGUUGCCUCCUGGGGUUGGCCUUUGGCUCCUACCCCGCUUGAUCCCCAUGAGCCCGAGACUCCAUUCUUUGAGGGUCACUUCCUCCAAGUGCUCUUCAAUCGGAUGGCACGGAUCUUGGAUCAGCCAUACAGUCUGAAUCUGCAAGUGACUUCCGUCCUGUCCCGCCUGGCCCUAUUCCCUCACCCCCAUAUCCAUGAAUACCUCUUGGACCCCUACAUCAGCCUGGCCCCUGGCUGCAGGAGUCUCUUCUCUGUGCUUGUGAGGGUAAUUGGAGACUUGAUGCAGAGAAUCCAGCGAGUGCCCCAGUUCUCAAGCAAGCUACUCCUGGUUAGGAAGCAGUUGACUGGGCAGGUCCCCGGAGAGCAAAUGGACCAUCAGACCCUCCUGCAGGGGGUGGUAGUGCUCGAAGAGUUCUGCAAGGAGUUGGCUGCUAUUGCCUUUGUUAAAUUCCCCCCAAACAGUCCUCACCUGAACCUGCCCUCACCCCCACAAGGCCAUGUCUGAGCCAGAACCGUGGGGGGUGGGGGGGGACUCCAUGUCUACACCUCUGCCUCAAGGCAGCCUCUUCCCCUGGCAUGGCUAGCACUGUUCUCCCUGGAGUGGGGGGAGGCCUGACUGCCUCCUCAGACCUUGGCAAUGGCGCCUGCUUUUCCAAGGCCAUUAGCAUUCAGCUCCUGGCUUGUAGACCAUAUCUUCCAAGGCGGGGCUCUUGAAGGGUGCCAAGGAAGCAGGAGAGGAGGCUACAGCUCUUCCCUGGACAAACAUCAUUCAGAGGGAGAGAAGUGGGGCAGACGCCCAGUACUUACAAACCCUUUGAUUUUUUUUGUACCCACUACCUCCCCUCUCCCAUUCUGGUCAUCCCUGUUAAGGGACUGGGAUGCAAUUGGCUCUAAGGCUCUUCAGUCUUGGCAGGGGGCGUGGAACCUAUUUUCAUACUGAGCUUCAAAGAGCUGCUGAGACUUAGAGCCUAUCCGCCCACCCAAGGGGAUGUGGGCAGUGAACGGAGAGCUUGGGGAGGCCCCCUCUUCCUCCUCUGCCCAUCCUUCAUGCAGUUACAAAAUUCCCAACUGCAGCAUGGCAAGCACCCAAGGUAUGUUCCGCACCCAGGCGGGGGCAGCUGCUAAUGAGAACCUUGAUGUGAGUGCAGCCAGGGUGGGAAAGGGCCUGAGGAGAAGAGCAAAGAGCCAGCCUGUGGCUGGUUUCUCUGGCGCCCUCUGAACCCGUCUCGGCAGGUCCCUGACACCUGGGGUGAGGCACUAGGAUCCAGGAAGGGCUGUGCCCUUAGCAGCCCGCCCAACUCCCUGGCUCUGAAAGAGCGCUCAUCUCGGGAACAUCAGGCCUCAGCAGAGUCUGAAUGAACAAGGCUAGUGUUCAUCGGCCCACCUGCAGACCCGGCCAGGAAGGGGCUGGAGAAAAAGCAGCCAAAGCCCGGGCCCCGCUCCUCAUGUGUUCUCUGCUGCUGGGGUUGCCACCCCGCUCACCCUGGAUCUGUUUCGACCUGCACUAGGUGGUGCUAGGCAUUACCUCACAGGACUACAGUUGUUGGCUUCCCUCCCAAGCAGGGAGCAGCAGCAGCCCAAAGCCCCUUUUCCCUUUUCCUGGCUGCCUUUCUCUGCAGAUCAGACUUGGGUUUCCAAGGGGGUAACAUGCAAGGGGAGGAAACCCAUUGACCUUCCUAAUCCCUCCAUUCCCCACUUCAAGCUGGCAGGACUAUCAGCUGGCUACUGCUCCUCAGGGUGGGCGUGUGGUGGCCAGUCUCAGCUGCUGGAGAGAACACAGACUACAUUUAGUUCAACUUUGGGGACACAAUGGGAGGCCUGGGAAUUGAGCUCUCAACUUCUAUGCACUUUGGCCUAUGCAUGGUGCCCUCCAUGAGGCAGCCCAGCAAUAAAACGGUGUGGUUGUACAAAC